AUGGCGCGAACAGAGCAGGAGCGCAGUGGAUGCGUCACAGGUUUGUGGUCUCUCUUUCGACCAAAAAAGGCGCACAAGGGCGACAACAAGGUCCACCCGGAAGCCAUGGACGCGGCGGCCUUGAAGCUGAAGGUCCAAGAUCGUGUCUGUGAGGCCGUCUCGGGAGAAGCCAUGGACGCCGCCGCCUUGAAGUUGAAGGAACUCAGGCGCGAGCUGAGCGAGGAGGAGCAGGAGAAAGAAGCCCAUGAGACGAAGGAACUCAGGCGCGAGGUGAAACAGGAGCAAGAAGAGGAGAAGCACGAGGAAAAGUCUUGGAGUGUUAGCGCGCUCCGGAUUCUGAUCAGACUCACCGAGCAGCUUUACGAGGAGCUCAACGGCAAAUCCAGCGACCGAGAGAGGAUCAAGCGAGCGCGGAAGAUGAUGAGGCUCCAGAAAAUGCUGGAUAGGAUCCCGAGUGAGAGGAAACCGUGGAAGAAGCUUCAGUCCGGCGAGGUGGUCUUCGUGAAGGAGGCAAAAGAACUAUAUGAUCGUGCGGGGAGAGAUUUUGUUGCCGAAUUCAAGAGGAGACAGAGAGCUGAAGUGAACGAUGAGUGUUUGUUUUGUCAGAACCAUGAUGGGGAGAAGAUGAUCGGCCGGGCUGGAGCGAACUCUAAGACGACUAGACCCUGGGUUUACCUGAGAAGAGAACACGAGCAAACUGUUCUAAGCACGUCGAAGAAACGAGAAAUGAAGUUGGCUCCGAGCUCGAGAAGUUGGCUGCAAGGAUUGGUCAACUGGAGGCCAGUGCUCGGACUCUAGCAUCGGAGAAGCCAACUCUCAAGAGUCAAAUCCAGAAGUUGGAUCUCCAAGCAAGUUGAGCAGCACAGGAGGAGGCCACUAAAGCUAUAGACCAGUUAAGUCGAGAGAAGAUCGACCUUCUCGAGGACUGACUCCAAAGAUUUGCAACUGUCCAAGACGUGAAAGCAGUGCGUGACGACUGUGUCUCAGGGCUCCAGGCGGAGAAGUCUAUCACACUUCAGGCGUCUAAACAGGCCAGCAACC